AUGUUUAUCGCAAGAUCUGAAUAUGAUCGCGGAAUCAACACCUUCUCGCCCGAGGGCCGUCUGUUCCAGGUGGAAUACUCAUUAGAGGCCAUCAAGCUCGGCUCCACAGCCAUCGGAGUUGCCACGUCGCACGGCGUCCUUCUCGGCGUCGAAAAGCGCGUCACCUCCCCCCUGCUCGUCUCCUCCAGCAUAGAAAAGAUCGUGGAGAUCGACAGACACAUUGGCUGCGCCAUGUCCGGUCUCCAAGCCGACGCGCGGAGUAUGAUCGAGCACGCCCGCGUCGAGUCGCAGAACCAUGCCUUCAACUUCAACGAGAAGCUCGGCGUGGAGAGCUGCACGCAGGCGAUCUGCGAUCUGGCAUUGAGGUUUGGCGAAGGUGCCCAGGGUGAAGAGUCGAUCAUGAGUCGUCCGUUUGGCGUGGCUCUGUUGAUUGCAGGCUGGGACGAGGACCAGGGGCCUCAAUUGUACCACGCAGAACCGUCAGGCACGUUCUACCGCUACGACGCAAAGGCGAUCGGAUCCGGCAGCGAAGGGGCCCAGGCGGAGUUACAAUCAGAGUACCACCGAUCGCUCACGUUGGAAGAGGCCGAGACGCUCGUCUUGAAGACUUUGAAGCAGGUCAUGGAGGAGAAGCUGGACUCGAAGAACGUCCAGUUGGCGAGCGUCACGCGCGAGAAGGGUUUCCGAAUCUAUACCGAUGAACAAAUGAGCACGGUGGUCGCCAGGCUCGAGGGGGAUUAG